UCCGCACAAAUAUUUGCCACGUGUACAGAUACAAGGGCCCGCGUAUCAUCCAUCAGAUCCGCCAGUGUAUCAAAGCCCUCACAGUCUCUGCCCAUGCGACAUGAGAAAACCUUUGGACGGUCUAGAGAACGAAGAACUCAAAAAGGAGAAACGAAGGAAAGAGAAUUAGAAUAACAGGAGAAAAGAGCAGUGACCUCCCAAAUGCAAAGAUGGAUUCUGCGGGACAUGUUUUCUCAGUAGACCUCCUUGAAAGAUAUGCAGCAAAAGGCCAUGGAGUUAUUACAUGCAUGGCUACUGGGAAUGAUGUCAUUGUCUUGGGUACGAGUAAAGGAUGGGUAAUCAGACAUGACUUUGGAGGCAGAGAUUCAUUUGAUCUGGACCUUUCUGCUGGUAAAACAGGGGAUCAACCUGUGCACAGAGUUUUUGUUGAUCCUGGAGGCAGCCAUUGUAUAGUUACUGUUCUUGGUAGUGGAGGUCCUGAGACAUACUAUACACAUGCAAAGUGGGGCAAGCCCCGCAUUUUGAACAGAUUAAAGGGUCUCAUUGUGAAUGCUGUUGCCUGGAACAGACAACAAAUCACUGAAGCUUCUACACGUGAAGUCAUUCUCGGCACAGAAAAUGGCCAACUUUAUGAGAUUGCAGUUGAUGAAAAGGAUAAAAAAGAGAAGUAUCUGAAACUGCUUUUUGAACUGGCAGAGCUUCCAGAAGCCUUCAUGGGUUUACAGAUGGAAACAACCAGUGUCGGUAAUGCAACUAGGUACUACGUAAUGGCUGUAACUCCUACACGGCUUUACUCUUUCACUGGCAUUGGAUUGUUGGAGACUGUGUUUGCUAGCUAUUCAGAUCGUGCAGUACAUUUUAUGGAGCUUCCUGGUGAAAUACCAAACAGUGAACUGCAUUUCUUUAUCAAGCAAAGAAGGGCUGAACAUUUUUCCUGGCUUUCUGGGGCAGGCAUCUAUCAUGGCGACCUAAAUUUUGGAGCACAGCAUAGUUCAACCAAUGGAGAUGAAAACUUUGUGGAGAACAAGGCCCUGUUAGACUAUUCAAAAUUGAGUGAAGCUGGGGAAGUAAUUAAACCGAGAUCUCUUGCUGUGUCAGAGUUUCAUUUUCUGCUUCUCAUUGGAGAUAAGGUUAAGGUUGUCAAUAGAAUUAGCCAACAGAUCAUAGAGGAACUGCAUUUCGAUCAUACGCCAGACUCAAUUUCAAGAGGAAUAAUGGGAUUGUGCAGUGAUGCCACUGCAGGAUUGUUCUAUGCUUACGAUCAAAACUCCAUUUUUCAGGUGUCUGUUAAUGACGAAGGGCGAGAUAUGUGGAAGGUUUAUUUGGACAUGAAGGAAUAUGCUGCUGCUUUAGCAAAUUGUCGGGAUCCGUUCCAGAGAGACCAAGUAUAUUUAGUACAGGCUGAAGAUGCUUUCUCAGCAAAAGAUUUUGUCAGAGCAGCAUCCUUUUAUGCAAAGAUGAACUAUAUAUUAUCAUUUGAAGAGAUCACGUUGAAGUUUAUUAGCAUGGGUGAACAGGAUGCUCUAAGGACUUUCUUGCUGCGGAAGCUUGAUAAUCUUGCAAAGGAUGACAGGUGCCAAAUAACAAUGAUAUCAACGUGGGCUACCGAGUUAUACUUGGACAAGAUCAAUAGGUUAUUGUUGGAGGAUGACACGGGAAAUGGUGGUAAAUUAGCUUCAGAAAAUAGUAAUUCGGAGUACCAAUCUACAAUUAAAGAAUUUCGGGCUUUCCUCAGUGAUUGCAAGGAUGUAUUGGAUGAGGCAACAACAAUGAGACUAUUGGAAAGCUAUGGUAGAGUCAAUGAACUGGUUUACUUUGCUAGUUUAAAGGAGCAUUAUGAGAUUGUCGUUCACCAUUACAUUCAGCAAGGUGAAGCAAAGAAAGCAUUGGAAGUUCUUCAGAAACCUUCCGUCCCUAUAGAAUUGCAGUACAAAUUUGCCCCAGAUCUUAUCAUGCUUGAUGCAUAUGAGACUGUCGAGUCGUGGAUGACAAGAAGCAACCUGAACCCAAGGAGCUUGAUUCCUGCAAUGAUGCGAUACUCAAGCGAACCUCAUGCCAAGAAUGAAACACAUGAAGUCAUCAAAUAUUUAGAAUUUUGCGUCCAUCGUUUGCUUAACGAGGAUCCUGGUGUGCACAACUUGCUGCUCUCGUUGUAUGCAAAGCAGGAGGAUGAUAGUGCACUUCUACGUUUUCUACAAUGCAAGUUUGGUAAAGGGCGAACAAAUGGCCCUGAUUUCUUUUAUGAUCCCAAAUAUGCGUUGCGACUAUGCCUAAAGGAGAAAAGAAUGCGAGCUUGUGUCCACAUCUACAGCAUGAUGUCUAUGCAUGAAGAGGCCGUUGCUCUUGCAUUACAGGUAGAUCCAGAGCUUGCUAUGGCAGAAGCAGACAAGGUUGAGGAUGAUGAGGACUUGCGGAAAAAGCUGUGGCUUAUGGUUGCGAAGCACGUAAUUGAGCAAGAGAAGGGAGCUAAAAGAGAGAACAUACGAAAGGCAAUAGCGUUUCUGAAGGAAACUGAUGGACUCCUAAAGAUCGAGGAUAUUUUACCAUUCUUUCCAGACUUUUCCCUCAUCGAUGAUUUCAAAGAAGCAAUCUGCUCAUCAUUGGAGGACUACAACAAGCAAAUUGAGCAACUGAAACAGGAGAUGAAUGAUGCGACUCAUGGUGCAGACAACAUAAGAAACGAUAUCAGUGCCCUUGCUCAAAGAUAUGCUGUCGUUGAUCGUGACGAGGAGUGUGGGGGUUGUAGACGCAAAAUUUUAAUGGCAGGAGGAGCACAACGGAUGGGAAGGGGUUACAUAUCAGUUGGGCCGAUGGCGCCUUUUUAUGUCUUUCCAUGUGGGCAUGCUUUUCAUGCACAUUGUCUGAUUGCUCAUGUGACACGAUGCACAAAUAGAACUCAAGCCGAGUAUAUAUUGGACCUGCAGAAGCAGCUCAGUUUAGUGGGAAUCCGUGGAACUAGAGAUUCAAAUGGCACUGCAGAAGAUGAACCCAUUACCACAGCAUCCCAGGCUGAAAAGAUUCGGUCGCAGCUGGAUGAUGCUAUAGCCAGCGAAUGCCCAUUUUGUGGGGACUUGAUGAUAAGGGAGAUAUCCUUGCCGUUCAUCCUCCCCGAGGAGGAACAUCUGGUGACUUCAUGGGAGAUAAAGCCGCAGCAGCCACUUGCGAACCAGAGGAGUUUGCCUAUUUCAAUUUGAUGUUUGGAAUUUUGUAAUGUAUUUUGGCUUGUUGCGUGACUUGCGAACUGUCUCUCUCUUUAUCCGAUAGGCCCCCGGCCCGAGUGGUGUGCAUAAUUUUAUCUGUAUAAUUGUUAGGCUGCGCCGCAUCUAACGUGGUCCCCACUA